UCAUCAUACCAGCGUCUACACUGCGCUGCUGGAUGAAUGGAAACUGAUGGAUGUUUCACAAGAAGGUCUGGCUGAGUCAAAUGAACACAAGAGGUCUCCACUUGGUCAUCACUUUGACAUGCGUUCGCAUGGCCGCAACUAUGACACAGAGCUGCAGAGGUGUCGUCUUGAGGCCGCUCUUGUUGAUUUUGGAGACUACCACCCACUCAAACCCAUCAUGGUGACCGAUACAAAGACCCGCCGCGGGACCCGCAAAGGCAGCACCUCUUCCUCUUCAUCCUCCUCUUCCUCAGCACCGCCAGACCCUCUGAGCUCCAUGCUGGACGGGACCGACCCCCUGUCCAUGUUUGCCGCGGCCUCGGCCGGCGAGACGCCAGCCAUGUCCCACAGCAGCUCCACAGGAGACCUGGGGAGGAGGAAGAGAGAGAAGGAAGAAGAGGCAGUGGGACCAGAUUUUGAACCUUGGUCACUGAAGCGAGGGGAAAUCCUGGCCAGGUUCACCACCACCGAAAAACUCUCCAUAAAUCUGUUCAUGGGCUCCGACAGAGGAAAAGCCACCAGUCAAGGAUCGGCUGUUUCAGAGAAGGUUCGCACUCGUCUGGAGGAGCUGGAUGAUCUAGAGGAGGGCUCCCAGAGAGAGCUGCUGAACCUCUCGCAACAGGAUUACGCCAACCGCAUCGAGGAGCUGAACCAGUCCCUAAAGGAGGCCUGGUCCUCUGACCAGAAGGUCAAAGCCCUGAAGAUUGUCAUCCAGUGCUCCAAGCUUCUGUCCGACAAUUCGGUGAUCCAGUUCUACCCCAGCAAAUUUGUUCUCAUCACUGAUAUUCUUGACACAUUUGGCCGGCUGGUGUACGACAGGAUCUGGACCAUGUGUUCAGACCCACGACCUUUACCAGAUAAUUUCACAGUUGAAGAUGUGAAUGACACCGCAAAGGAGACGUGCCUCAACUGGUUCUACAAGAUCGCCUCCAUCAGAGAGCUCCUUCCCAGACUCUAUGUUGAAGCUGCCAUUCUCAAGUGCAACCGGUUCCUCAACAAAUCCGGCAUUCAGGAGACCCUUCCUCGGUUGACUGCCAUGGUCAGAGGGAUUGGAGAUCCUCUGGUGGCUGCAUAUGCCAGAGCUUACCUCUGCAGGGUGGGCAUGGAGGUGGCCCCCCACCUGAAAGACAGCCUGAACCGCAACUUCUUCGACCUGCUUGGCACUUUUCGACAGAUCAGCAGCGAGAACGUCCGGGCCCAGCUGGUGCUGCAGAGGGUGGAGAUGCCCGAGUACCUGACACUCUACUCACCUGCCAUCAGCUGGAUCCUGCAGUGUAUCGCGUACAGAGCUCCAGAGUCUCUGCUAACAGAGAUGAUGGAGAGAUGCAAGAAACUGGGAAACAAUGCUUUGCUUUUGAAUUCAGUAAUGAGGGCGUUCAGGCCAGAAUUUGUUGCAGCCAGAGCCACAGACUUCAUCGGUAUGAUCAAAGACUGCGACGAGGCCGGCUUCCCAAAGCAUCUGUUGUUUGGCUCUCUGGGUCGCAGCCUGGCGUCUGCCGAUCCUCCAGAAUCCGAGAGGCUGACGAUCCUGAAUGAAGCCUGGAAAGUCAUCACCAAAGUCCGCAGUCCUCAGGACUACAUCAACUGUGCUGAAAUCUGGGUGGAGUUUACCUGCAGACACUUUACAAAACGGGAGGUCAACACGAUUUUGGCUGACAUCAUCAAACACAUGACCCCUGACCGAGCAUUCGAGGACGCCUACCCUCAGCUGCAGUCAGUGAUCAGGAAGAUCCUCACCUACUUCCACGACUUCUCCAUCCUCUUCUCCAUGGAGCGAUUCCUGCCGUUCCUGGACAUGUUCCAGAAGGACAGUGUGAGGGUGGAGGUCUGCAAAUCCAUCAUGGAGGUCUUCAUCAAACAUCAGGUGGAGCUCACCAGAGACCCGGUGAUCCUCAACGCCAUGCUGCACAUCUGCAAGACCAUGCACGACUCUGUCAAUGCUCUUACUCUCGAAGACGAGAAAAGAUCUUUGGCUCUGCUGAUCAUCGGCUUCAUCCGCAUGGUUUCCUUUGGUCGUGACUUUGAGCAGCAGUUGAGUUUCUGUGUGGAGGCUAGAGCCACCUUCUGUAACCUGGAGCCUGUCCUGGUGCAACUCAUUCAUACGGUGAACCAGCUGGCCAUGGAGACCAGGAGGGUGAUGAGAGGGAAUCACUCCCGCAAGACCGCUGCUUUCGUCAGAGCAUGUGCCGCCUACAGUUUCAUCACCAUCCCGUCUCUCAGCAGCAUCUUCAGUCGACUCAGCCUCUACCUGUUGUCCGGUCAGGUUGCUUUGGCCAAUCAGUGUCUGUCCCAGGCCGAUGCUUUCCUAAAGGCAGCCGUAAGCAUUCUUCCGGAGGUUCCUCGCUCCAUCAGCGUGGAGGGAAAACUUCGCUCUUCUGAAAGCUUCCUCGUGGACUUUAUCAACAGCUUCUUGGCAACGCUGCUGGUUAUCCCGGACCAUCCAGAGCAUGGGGUGCUCUACUUAGUCCGGGGUCUGCUCAACAUGGUCCAGGAUUAUACCUGGGAAGACAACAGCGAUGCAAAGGUGCGGGUUUACAUCAGUGCUCUGCCCCUGCUGGCAGCCAUGAGCCAGGAAACCUAUCUGUACUCUAUCCCCAAAGUGGAUUCUAAUGAGACGCUCUAUGGCGGAGAUCCCAAAUUCCUGUCAGAGAUCAACAAGCUGUGUGAGACUCUGAUUGGACAGAUCCUCGACCACCUGAAGACACUCGGCCGUGAUGAGCAGAGCACACGCCGCCAGGGCGCUCUGGCCUUCUCCCUGUUUGGUGUCCUGCUGGCUCACGGUGAUCUGAGGAACAACAAGCUGAGCCAGCUGGCAGUCAACCUUUGGAACCUCAGCCACAAGCAUGGAUACUGCGAGACCCGCACCUCCGUUCGGACUCUGGAGUUCAUCAAACAUCAGACUCAGCAGCCGGACAUGACUCAUCUGUCAGAUAUGGUCCAGAGGCUCACGCUGCAGUCUCGCACCUGAGCUCCACACUCAAUGACGUGUUACACUGCUCAAUUUAAAUUUGUGUAAAUAAAACCUAACA